AUGUUAAUCGCCAACGUUGCCUCGAUUUUCUUGCUUUUCUCCGGUCUUUCUGCCGCUGUGCCAAGCCCUCUACUUCCGCAGGCGAGUGACAACACCUUGGAAAUCCGAGCGUCGAAGGAUGUCAAUCCAGCAGCCGUCACUGGCACCACAUGCACAGACAAGGCCGCCAAGAUUGAUACCCACGACAUGAACGUUGCUACACUGGCUAUCUGCGGCGGCAUAGCAGGGUCCAUCCAGAAGUGCGGCGGCGCACCAAAGAGUACCACGGGCGUAUCGGGAACCGCCAAAUUUACCUUGAACCCAACUGCUUCUGGAGCCACCAUUAACGUCUCCAAAGGCCGCUGGGAAGGGUGCAUUCGGGCUGCGAGGGCCACUUGCCCUAGUGGCAGUUUCAAGUCAACCUGCAAAGGAGGCGCAAGCACGGGAGAUGUCGCCUUCACGCUUACGAAUCCAUAG